AUGGAAACGGAAGAUUUAAUAGAAGGUGUGACAACGUUGAAAGAUUUGGUAGAAGAUAUGACAGCGGUGGAAGAUUUGAUGGAAGAUGUGACAGCGGUGGAAGAUUUAAUGGAAGAUGUGACCGUAGAUACAUCGGUAGAAGAUAUGGAUGGACAGAAAUUUCUCGAUGUUUUGUGGAUUUACAUGAAAGAUUUCUGUGAUAUUUUUGUUGGAGCUUACAUAGCCAUGUUUGCGAUUAGCAAAGCGCUGCUUUUAUCGUCGUUUGCAAAAGCCAGUAAACUACCGGAAGAGGUCGGGAAUUCGUUGUUUGGAGAAUUCAGGCAUAUUUAUGAUUCUGGGCCAGUACCAGAUGAUUUCGAUUAUUCCUGCAUGGUAAUGUAA